CCAAGCUGCCGGCGUCGCCAUGAAUGGAAGGGGUGGUUCAGCUCCUGAUGGCAUUCAUUUCCAGAACAGAGAGGUGGCUUGUUCUACCUGGCCGAGAGAACAAGACUUCAGGUGGUAUUCGUUCGGAGUCUUCUCUGGAGAGCCCUACAAUUUCUCCUUCCCGAUCCUGCUGACUCAGAUCGUCAUUAUUGCGUCCACUUCUCGCGUCCUCAACUUCCUCUUCCGCCCCUUCAAGCAGCUGCGCAUCAUCGGCGACAUCUUCGUAUUGUCAUCUUUAUUUUAUUAUGAAAUUCCGAUUCAACCGCAUUUAUUACUUUCAGAAUUAAUGAAUUCUAAUUCACCCAACCCGACCUGCAACAAUUUUCAGGCCGGCUUCCUGCUCGGUCCCGAAUUCCUGGGACGCCUACUGCCCGGCUACAGCGCCCUCCUAUUCUCUGACCGCGAGAUGAUGAUAAGCCACACCCUCUCCGCCGCCGGCAUCAUGCUCUACUGCUUCCUCGUCAGCGUCAAGAUGGACCCCGCCAUCGUCGCCCAAUCCGGCCGCCGGACUGUCAUCAUCGGUUUAUGCAACAGCAUCCUCCCCAUGAUCCUCAUGAUCCUCACCGCCAUACCCCUCCGCUCCCACAUCCCCUCUGCCAUCGCACAGAGCAACUUCAUCAUCUUCCUCGUCGCCCCUCUCAGCAUCACCAACUUCCCCGUCAUCGCCGACGCCCUCACCGAACUCCAACUCCUAAACACCGAGCUCGGCCGCCUAGCAUUAUCCGCCUCAUUGAUCAACACCAGCGUCGGAUGGUUGCUCUUCAUCUUCAUGAGCCAGGACAGGGGAGGGCUGGACAAGGCUUUCAAGAUGGUGUUUUCCAUGCUCAUCUUGGUGUUGCUCAUCGUCUUCCCGUUCAGGCGGUGGAUGCUGUGGAUCGUGAGGCGGACGCCGAAGGGGCAGCGGGUGGGAGAAUUCCAGGUAUUUGCGGUGUUGAUGUGCAUGUUGGGGGUGGCUGUGUUGAGCGAGAUGAUUGGGGCGACGAAUAUAAACGGGGUGGUGGCGUUGGGGUUGGUGAUACCGGAGGGGACGCCGCUGGGCGCGGCGCUGGUGGAGACGAUUGAGUUGGUGUCCAACGAGAUCAUGUUGCCUUUGUUUUAUGCUAAUGCGGGGAGGUACGUGAGCCUGGCGGCAUUGGUGCAUUGGAGGUCGUGGAUGGUGCUGAUGUGUCUGCUGGGAUUGGUGUAUGUGGCUAAGUUUGUGUGGACGUUUGUGCCGGCGGUGUAUUUUUGUAAGGUGCCGGCGCGCCAGGCUUUUAUAUUGGGGCUCAUCUUCAACAUCAGAGGCUUGGUGAAUCUAAUCACUUAUUACAAAUACAGAGUUCAGUCGCUACUGGAAGAUGAAAGCUUCUCAAUUGUGAUCUUCUCCUACCUUCUGGUCACCGUAAUCGUGACACCGACUGUGCAGAAGCUCUACCAGCCCUUACCUGAACGCCGCCAUUCAAACCGCCGGACCAUCCAGCACCUCAAACCCAACUCACAGCUCCGCCUCCUCGCCUGCGUACAGAACGAUGACCCCAUCCCCUGCAUCAUCAACUUACUCGAAUCCUCCUCCCCUGCAUCUCCUCCAGCUCCGGCGCCUCUCUUAGCCUGCGUUCUCCACCUCGAUGAGCAGCCCGGCCGCGCCGACUCCAUACUCAUCGCUCACAGCAACAGUAAGGGCUUCCUUAAUCCUAAAAACAUGGACCGCCUCCACAACGCCUUUACGCACUAUGAGAAGAGCAAGGAUGGCCUGAUCGAAGUUCGGCCAUACACAUCCAUCUCCCCUUCUCAUAACAUGUGUCAGGAAAUCUGCGCGCUUGCCGCGCAGGAGAAUGUUGCUUUGGUUAUCGUCCCGGUGACCAGGAGGAGUAAAAUCUAUGGCGGGAGCGGACAUGUUGAAGACUAUGCUCUGCGCAGCGCAAUCCCCAAAAUUCUCGCCCAGGUAUAUAUGGAGCCAAAAGCAGAAAAAUUAUUACCUCACGGACAUGUUGAAGACUAUGCUCUGCGCAGCGCAAUCCCCAAAAUUCUCGCCCAGGCCCCCUGCUCUGUCGGCCUGCUCGUCCACCAGGGCCUCCAGGAACCGUUGUUCAACUCCCCAUCCAAAUUCCAACAGCAUAUCGGAGUGCUCUUCUGGAGCGGUCCGGACUCCCGAGAGGCUCUCGCAUACGCCUCCCAAAUGGCCCGGCACUCCGGCGUCAACCUCACCGUGACCCGAUUCUUCGCCGCAUCAGAGGAGGUGCAGAACAAAACGCAGGCUUUGCUUGAUGACGAGGUAAUGGCGGUGUUUCAGCUGGAAAACGCUGGAAAUGAGAGAGUCACGGUUCAAGAGAUAGUUGUGGAGGACAUGGAGCAUGCCAUAUGUGUUAUCCGGGAAGUCGGCUGCGGGGGCUACGAUUUCGUGGUGGUGGGCCUGCGGUUUGGAUGGCGGUCGCCGGUGCUGGAGAGGCUGGAGGAAUGGUGCGAGAAUCCAGAGCUUGGUGUGAUAGGGGAUGUCAUGGCUUCGCUUGAGUUCGACCGUUGCUUCUCAGUUCUAGUAGUGCAGCAGAAGACGUAGUGGUGUUUGAGAGUGUUGGAGGAGAUGAAGGGAACUAAUGAACAUU